AAAGCGUGAAAUAAGCGAGGUUCCCUCUGCCCCCUCUCGCCGCCCUUUUAAGAGAGAAGGAUUUUGUGUGCUGUGAUUGGAGAAGAAGGAAAAGUUGUGAAGGUGGAGGAAGAGGAGGUGGAGGAGGAGGUGGUGGAGGUGGUGCUGCAGGUGAUAGAAAGAUAGAUAGAUUAGAUAAGAAGGAAGGAAGGAAGGAAGGAAGGAAGAAGAAAGUAGAAGGAGAAAGAAAGAAAGAAAGAAGAAGAAAGUUCGCGAAAAUCGUUGAAAAAAAUCUCUGUCCCUUGAGCGUACGAGUGAGAUAACGGUUUCGUUUUUUUUUUUUUUUUCCUUUUGCUUCUUCCGCUCAUUCCCUGUGGAAUACAGCGCGGACAUAUGAAAAGGACGAAAUUCCAGUGACUAAUGAGAAAGAUAAAGAGUUAGAUAGAUAGAUAAAAAGAGAUAGAGCAGCAACAGACUGAGAAAAACGGUGGUGGCGUCGAGGCUGAAUCGACGUGGCGGUGGCGGCGACGGCGCCAUUUUGUGGAUAUUCUCGCGUGCAGAAGCGGCAACGGCCGCGGCAUCAUCAUCAGGCAUCGGUCGUAUCAUUCUCGAUUACGGGAUAUAUAUAUAUCGAGAAUCUAUACAGAAAUUAUUCUUACGGGAUAGAACUCUUAGGAGGAUAUCGAGAUUUAACGAUCGAUCGAUCUACGAAAACGAAAAUAUUCUCAAAAAGGCGACAGUUCAACGGAAUAAUCUGAGUUAUUGGGAGUUUGGUCGCGACGGAAGAAUUCGCGAGAAUAUCGUCGUACGGCGGGAAGGUGAUCGGAAGAAGAAGAAAAAAAAGAUUCGAUCGAGGAAAGUAUAGCUAAGAUAAAGAAGAAAAGAGAAAAACAGAGAAAAUAGAAAGAGAGAGGGAGGAGAAGAAAAAGGAUAGAAGAAGAUAAUUUAAGAAAAGUGCGACAAGUUGAAGAAAUAGAUUUGUUUAAAAUGAGAUUGGAAAUAGUCUCGGCGGCUGAUUUUUUGGUGCACCUGCUGCGCCUACAGGCUGGACAACUCUCCGAGCGACAGCUCGAGAUGUUCAAGUCUUCAUUGACGGAGGUGUUGCGGCAUCGUUACAGAGACCAUUGGUUUCCUGAUCGUCCAAAUCGUGGCUCAGGAUAUCGUUGUAUACGUAUCAAUGGGAAAAUGGAUCCUGUAAUAGCACAGGCCGGUGCUAAUGUUGGAUUAUUGCCGGCGGUAUUGCACAGCCUAUUCCCGAGCGAGCUAACGAUGUGGAUCGAUCCGUCGGAGGUUUCCUAUAGGAUUGGAGAAAACGGUUCCAUAUGCGUAUUAUAUGAACGUACCGAGCCCGAUCCCGAGGAAUCUGCUACUUCACAUCAGCAUCAACAUCAACAACAACAACACCAUCAACAUCAUCAACAGCAACACCACCAUCAGCAACAACCGCAGCAGCAUCAACACCAUCAACAGCAGCAACAUCAGCAUCAACACCAUCAACAUCAACAGCAUCAACAGCAUCAGCAUUCCCGUUCUUCUCAUCAUCAUCACCAUCACCACCAUCACCACCAUCAACAACAACACCAGCAUCAACAGCAACAACAGCAACAACAAUUCGAAAGCUGCAAGGACUCGCUUUUGCUCGAGCACACACAAUUCAGCGAGCAAAUUGCGGCCUUCGUUUCCAGUUGAAGAGUUUAAUUGAGAAAGAAGAAAAGAAGGGUAGGAAGGAAGAAAGGCAGGAAGGAAGAAGACGAAGAUGAGGAAGAAGAAGAAGGAAAAAGAAGAAGAGUAGGAGGAGGAGGAAAAAAAGAAGAAAAAGAUGAUGAUGAAUAACUGGAAGAAGAAUAAAUAUAUAUAUGUAUAUAUAUAUAUAUAUAUAUAUAUGUAUGUAUGUAUAUACAUAUAUAUAUAUAUAUAUAUAUAUAUAUAUAAAAGACGUUGCGAGUAAGCGUCUCUCAUCACCUCCAUCGUCCUAACAGUCGUCGUCGUCGUCCUAGUAGUUACUCGUUGUCAUCGUUUUUUCAUCGUACUCAUCAUUCUCAUCGGACAGAGGCCCACCCAAACAACGUGUGUCUUUUUUCUUUUCUUUUUUUUUUUAUUUUCUUUUUUUUUUUCUCAAAGAAACUGCUAUAUAAUAUAUAUACACACACACACCAUAUAUAUAUAUAUAUUAAUUUUUUACCCGUUCUCUUUUUCUUUUUUUUUUUUUUUCUUUCUUUUUUUGAAUAUCUUCUUCUUCUUCAUCUUUCGUAUCAACGAAGAUGCCAAACGAGAGUUUCAUUCUCCUCAGCCAACAAUUUUUACAUCUUUGUCCACCCCACCCCUCUCCCCUAAUAUCGUCAAAAAAAAAUCCGAUCUCAACGAAGUUUCACGAACUUUAUUAUAUUAUCUCUGCCUCGAAAAAUAAUUGCGAACAGCUGAUAACAACGGAGGAAGAAAAUUUAUAUAUAUAAAAAAAAAAAUAAAAAAAAAAAAAAAAAAAAAAAAAAAAAAUAAAAAAGUAAAAAAAAAAAAUUACAAA